AUGAAAGAUAAUAAUGGUAAUUCUAUGUAUGGUUAUUUUUUAAGUGAAACAUUUGAAGAAGGAAUAAAAAAAAAUGAAAUUGAAUUUGAACAACAUUGUUAUGAUGAACCAAGCUUUUUUAUGUUUAAUAAUUCAUCAAAUAAAAAUGAAAGUAUAAGUAAUUAUAUUUUUAAUCCAAUGAAUGAUACAUUUUCACCUAUUCCAUCAUCACCAAAUUCAUUUAAAGAUAGUGGUAUUAUUAUUAAAGGAAAAAAUAUAUAUUUAGUUAAUGGACAAUUAUGUCACAAUUUAAGAGGUAUGUUAACUGAUCAUGUUUUAAGUUAUUCAAUUGAAAAUUGUAAUUGGGAAACAAAUGCAUUUGGUUUUCAUUCAUGGACACGAAAACAUUCAGUUAUUUUAACGAAUCCACUUAAUUCAUGUCAAGCAUUUCAAAUUGGAGGAAUUAAUGGAACUGAUUAUGUCACAAAUAAUUUAAUAUUAUAUGAUUUUAAUGCUAUGCAAUUUGAAAGUCUUAAAUGCUUUCCUUAUGAUAAAAAUUUAAAAGUUACCAAAGGUUCAACAGUUAUGGGUGUAAAUUAUUUAUUUACUCAAAGUCCGGAAGCAAAAUAUAUAGUAUGGGAUGUACGUGUUUCAUUUAAUCAGUCACAAAUAGGAAAUGUUGCUUUUUUAAAUAAUUAUCAAAAUGAUUAUUCUAUUGCUAAGUCAAAUUAUUCUAUUUUUAUUACUGGUGGAACGCAAGGAUCUGGUGAAAUUUCAGAUGAUAUUUAUGAGUUUGACACAAGAACAAUGGCUUUUUUUAAUGGUCCCAAAAUGCUAAACAAAAGACGUAAACAUGGUUCAUUUAUAUUUAGAAAAAAACUUUAUGUUAUGGGUGGAUUUACUGAUAAUUAUGAUAAUAUUCGAGAUAUUAAUUUAUUCGACUUAAAGACAAAUGAAUGGGAAUUGGAUACAGUUAAAAUGCCAUGUUUUAUUGACUGUACCACAUCAAUUUUUAAUGAUAAUUAUUUCAUUUGA